UGAACAUCGUAGAAGAUGUCUGUAAUACUGCCUUUCUUGUUGACCUUACUGGCUCUAUCUCAAGCUCAACUACACUCCGAUGAUCCAACGCCACCCUCAUCCACCGUCUGCAUCGUCGGAGCCGGCAUCGGCGGGUCCUCCGUCGCCCAUUUCCUCCGCAAAUACUCGCCGGAGUCCACUCCCGCCAUCAAAGUCCGAGUGUUCGACCGCAACAGCAUCGUCGGGGGCCGCAUAGCCACCGUGACCAUCGCGAACGAGACCUUCGAAGCCGGAGCUUCCAUUCUCCAUCCGAAGAAUCUGCACGCUGUUGAUUACAGAAAGCUUCUCAACCUCAAGGUCAAACAGUCUCCUUCGGAUUCUCUCUCUCUUGGCAUUUGGGAUGGGAACAAGUUUGUUUUCAAAACGGUUAAGAUUAGUUGCAAUAUUCCCCUCAUCGAUGAGCUCCUCAAACUUCCAUUCAUCGAGAAUCUCGUAUCCCUCGUUAAUUCGGGUCUCAUGUUCGUCCGUUACGGCUUCUCGCUUCUUAAGAUGCAGAACUUUGUUCAGAGUGCUGUGGGGAGGUUCUUAAAGUACUAUGAGGAACCUGGUUCGAGGCCAAUUUUCGAGACUGUGGAUGAGAUGCUGAAAUGGGCUGGUCUUUAUAAUCUAACUACCAGGACUUUGCAAGAUGAAUUGGUUGAUUCUGGGUUGUCUCCCUUGUUGAUCAAUGAACUUGUCACUGUCAUCACACGAGUUAAUUAUGGCCAGAGUGUCCACAUGAGUGGGUUGGCUGGUGCAGUUUCUCUGGCAGGAUCAGGUGGAGGAUUAUGGGCCAUCGAUGGAGGCAACUGGCAAAUGGUCGCUGGACUGAUUAAUCGGUCAGAUGUUGCAUUACACCUGCAUGAAGAAAUAAAAUCUAUUGCUGUCCUGGGAGAUUAUUAUGAACUCAACUCAACCAAAGGAAACAGCUACACCUGUGAAGUUGCUGUGGUUGCUACACCAUUGGAUGAGUUAAAUAUUCAAUUUCUUCCCCCAAUUUCAGUUCCUGAGAGAAAAUUACAGCACACGCAUGCAACUUUUGUCAGGGGCCUUUUGAACCCUGUAUACUUUGGUCUCAAGGCUGUGACAAAAGUUCCAGAUCUUGUGGGCACAUUAGAGGAUCCUAACCUUCCAUUUACAAGCAUUUCAGUUCUCAAGAAGCACAACGAAAAAGAAUAUACUUAUAAAAUAUUCUCUCGUCAACCAAUGGCAGACACAUUACUGGAUAGCAUCUUCAGUGUGAGGAAGGAGACUAUUCGGAUAAACUGGGCUGCUUAUCCUCAAUAUCACUCCCCAGAAAUAUUUGCACCAUUUAUAUUGGAUGGGAGGCAUCUGUACUAUGUCAAUGCAUUUGAAAAUGCAGCUAGCACCAUGGAGACAAGUGCAGUGGCAGCUGAGAAUAUUGCCCGACUCAUACUGGCAAGAUAUUUUGGCAUUGUGCGUUCAUCUAAUUUGACUGGUAGUUCUCAAGGAGAGGGUACUCAUUUAGAUUUGUGAUAGAGUUAUUGUAAUAUAUUAGUUUGGGUGAUGUUGAAAGAUUUUGUAUAAUUUGCAUCUGAAAAUCCGGGAAAGCAAAUCAAGCAAUGUAUAAAGAUGGGACGAUAAAUAAUUGCUCUCUCCCUUUUGUAUUUUAUCAUGUUAUUAAUGGAUAGUGCGUCU